UUUUACAGCAGCUUGGACAUGGCUCUUGCUGGUAUCCUGACAGAUGCUGAAAUUGCUGCUGGCCUACAAAGCUGCCAAGCUGCAGAUUCCUUCAAUUACAGAACUUUCUUUGUCAAAGUGGGUCUUAAUUCCAAGUCCAAAGAUCAGCUGGCCAAAGUCUUUGGAAUUCUUGAUCAGGACAGGAGCGGCUUUAUUGAGGAAGAUGAAUUGAAACUCUUCCUGAAGAACUUCUCUGCCAGUGCCAGAGCUCUGACUGAUGCUGAGACCAAGGCAUUCCUGGCAGCAGGUGACAGUGAUGGAGACGGUAAAAUUGGAGUGGAUGAGUUUCAAGCCCUGGUCAAAUCUUAAAAAGCAUUUAAGAUAAAGACCAAACUAUCUGUACUGUAAAAAAUCUUUCUUACUGUGAGUCUACUAUUUAUUUAUACAUUCUGUACCCUGAAAGAUCAUGAACAAAUGCUGGCAAGUGACUUCAUAUUGUUAGAAAAUGUCUGAAGUAGUGCAACGCACUACUUGAAUCAUAUUCUUCAAUGUUCUAAGCGGAACGUCUCUAUAUCACUGGAAGAUUAAACUGGAAGCCACUCUGCUCAUCUGAAUUUUGGACUUUAGAGAUUCUAGUAAAAAUAUAAAGAGAAGGAGAAAUUAAAAGCAUUUCUGUGGGCCAUUUAUUUUCAAUAUUUGCGUAAU